AUAAGCAGCCUCAUCACAGUAUAUAAGCAGGACAAUCUUAGUUGAAAUGAAGCUCUGAGUAAGCUGCUUAGCGAUACAUUGAGAGCUCUAUCUUGAAUUGACUAAAUCACCUACAAUAAAUCCCCAUUGAACCAGGGAGACAUCGUGACCUUUCCAUUCCGCGGCACCCUAGACGGAACAGAAGAUCCAGAAAUCUUCCUCGACGAUGUCGCAGCACAGGCCCGAUUCAUGUUCCCCGCUGUGUCUAUAGAUAAUUUUAUGAAACAUGUAAUGCUGAGUGUAUUCCACAGAAACCUAGCCGGCCGCGCAAAACUCUGGUAUCCCUACCUGGACUAUGACACCAAACGCGACUGGGACAAAACCGCCACCAAGUUCAAGGCCCACUUCAACAUCAACGACCACGACAUCAGCGAUGACGAAAAGCGGGAGAUGGUUAGGUGUGAUCUCCGGAGUCUCAUGCAGGGAGAAAAUGAGUCGAUUGGGGCUUAUCUAGAGCGAUGUGAGGAUCUGCGUGUUCGCGCCAAUUGGCUCCUGGGCGAUGAUGAGAAGGGUGAAUUCGAGGUGGGGGUGAUUAAUGGGAUGAGAAGUUUGAGCAUCAAAGCGAAAAUAUUGUCUGCGACGGGGGAAAGUGAUGGGCUGGGAGGUUUUCGGCGGGUGAAGAAGGUGGUGAGGGCGUUGCGGUAUUCUUAGAUGUGGAUGGCUUCAGCUUUGAUGGUGUCGUUGGCGUAGACAGCAACGAGAACACAGCAUGAUAUCACUCGAAUCGAAACGACAAAUACCUCUCCCCAAGGUAACCAUAGCAUUGAGUAGAUAGUAGACAAGUGGAACCGGACUCUAAACACCAGAUCGAAACUAGACGAGCGACUCCAUUCUGAUUAUGCAGAAAAUACUCCGU